AUGGAGAGACUCACCAAUUCUCUUACACCUAACUCUCAUAAUUUCGAUAACGCAUUUUCCUUUGGCCCCUCAUCUUCUUAUGAUACCGUUGAACCCUCGUCACUAGAUCUCCACCAUACAUCUCAUGAUGAUACUUGCCUGGACAAGUGCGUAGGCACCUUAAACCCUCAUGGGAUACACCGGAAUGCCUUUGGCCCGCCCUUUCCUCCUAGGACCCGGCUUACCAUCUCGGCUUUCCCAUACCCUUAUCAUCUACUCGAGAACAAUGUAUUCCAACAGCCGAUGCAACAAUUCAACAAUUUUUAUCCGGAUCCUUUCCAGGAUAUGAGCCUGAAGUAUGGCCUAAAUCACGAUAUCAGACCAGGGCAUCAUAACUCCUUUAGUGAGUCACUCCUCGGGAACAACUUCAAUACUACAGACUUAGGACCUCCGCAGCGCCCUGUUCCUGACGAUUGCGCUUCCGUGAAUUGUAGCAAAUUUUCAUGCUCGAGCGAAUGUUGUUCCACUCAAGUCUGCCAAGAGGAAGAAUGCUCUGGAGAUGGUACGCCCUGCGACGACCUGGACUGCCUCAAUAGCACUACACAAGCCAUCGACGAAAUAUGGAAUCUCGGCCAAGGCUGGCAUAAUUCUACACCAUCAGACCUAACUUUGCCCCCACAUAACCCACCUUGUAAUCACACCAACACUGAGCACGAUGUUGCCAUUACCCUGCGGGACCUGGGGGCGCCGGGUACUUUGAAUCCUUCGCAGCAGCAGCAACAUAACUUUCAGCAGUUCGAUCGCCGCUUCCUUGAUGCAGCCGAGCACCAACUAGACCCUGCCCAACAACUCUCCCUACCUAUCCACCAUCAUCCAAGCCUCUCUUGUACCCCUGAGAUAGAUUCAAUACCGACUCCGUUGAAUGAACCUUUUAUUGAGGCUGAAGGUACGACUCAACUUGUUUGCCAGUGGGUAAUAUCUCCUGGGGGAGAGGGUCAAGACAUCUGCGGUCAUGUUUGCAAUGAUAGCUAUUCUCUCCAUGAGCACUUGUGUAGUGACCACAUUUCGUUGCUAACGAGCAAGACGAAAUACCUCUGUCUCUGGAACGGCUGUCCCCGCCGUGGUGACCAAGUAUUCGCCUCUCGUAACAAACUGCGGCGUCAUCUUGCAACCCACACAGCUUACAAACCGCAUAAAUGCGCAAUAUGUGGCGAGGGCUUCUCGGCGCAACAAGCUCUUGACCAACAUGUCAGGACGCACACAGGCGAGACGCCGUAUAAGUGCGACUUUGAAGGAUGUGGCAAGUCUUUCAAGCAGAAGAGUGCUCUAACUAUGCAUAAGCGUACUCACACCGGCGAGAAGCCAUUGGAAUGCGAUAUAUGCGGCAAGUGCUUCUGCGAAUCAUCCAACCUUUCGAAGCACCGGAAGACACAUAAUCCGGAUUACAAAUUCAAAUGCGACGAGCCUGGUUGCACAAGUCAGUUCAUCCGAAUCGACCAGUUACGUAGACAUCAGGCCAGACAUGAAAGACCGAAGAAGAAGCAGAAGACUCGAAUAGCGGCUGGACCAGCUUUGUCACCUAUGUCACCAGAAACACCGCGUGACACCGUCCUGGAGCAGCAGGCUUCUAUGCAAGCUUAG